AUGAGCUCGGAAACGAAAAAAGCUAGGACGAGGAGAAAAACUGUGAGUUUUUCGAAAGACACGAAGAAUGAAGAUGACGAUGAAUACAAAAAUGUUAACCUGAAAAACGACGCCAUCGAUGAAUUCUCCUACUCCGCCCUUCCAAAACGACUCAACGAGCUCGGAGCUGAUUUCGGAACUCGCCGGACGAUUUCAGAAUGCACUGCGGAGAAAGAAGAAGAAGACGAGGACGAUUUUUCGCUGAAUAGAAUUUUGAGCACAAAAACGCUUGCUCCAAGCAAGUCUUUCCAAGACGCUUUGUUAGCAAUCAUGGCUGAAAAUCCCGAAUCGCCGAAGAAAUUCGACGAAAUCGAAUGGGACGAAUACGGCUCCGGUUUAAUUCAGGCGAAAAAAGAGCCGACAAGCUUUUUGGUGAAAAAUCGGAGGACGAGUGUAGAUGAUAAUGUAAUUGGACUACGAUUAGGGCCGAGAAGAAGAAGGGGUGGAAUUAUCAGCGAGGAAAGCCAAAAAGCGGCUUUGGAGAAGAAUGGGGAAGAAAAAGGAGCGAAACCGAAUGUGGUUUUUAUUAUGGCAGAUGAUUUGGGGUACAAAGAUGUCGGAUACAAUAGUCUUGAAGCCUUCACUCCGAACAUUAACCACCUGGCAAAAAACGGCAUCAUCCUCGACUCCCACUACAGCCAGCCCGUCUGUUCCCCUUCACGCUCACAGUUCCUCACCGGCCGGUAUUCCUUCCGAUAUGGAAUGCAGCACAGAAAUAUCCUCCCCACUCAACCUCACGGAGUUCCUUUGACAGAAAAAAUGCUUCCCGAGUUUUUCAAGGAAUGCGGCUACUCCGCCCUCGGCGUGGGAAAGUGGCAUCAAGGAAUGUUCCAUCAAGAUUUUCUCCCGACUUCGCGCGGUUUCGACAAAUUCGUCGGUUCCUACAGCGGUUCCUCUCAACACGUUACUCACGAAAAAUGCUUUGACUCGCCUCAGAAAGACGCGCCCUUCUCAUUUUGCGGUUAUGACAUGAGGGAGGCGGAAAGAAUUAAGGAUAUUACAACGGGAAAAGAUGACAACCGGGAAAUUAUGCGAUUCGACUUGAACGGCACGCAUUCGAAUAAGAUUGUGACCGAUGAAAUCGAGAAAACGCUAGCCGCAAAGAAAAAUUCCAACGAGCCUUUAUUCAUCUUCGCCGCCUUCCAAGCCGUCCACGGGCCCCUGACAACCGAGCCCGAAGACGAAAGAAUCUACGAAAACCUUUUCGAGCGAAAUCGAAACGAGACGAUUUUCAAGCGCACGAAAAUGCUCGCCAUGGAAGAGGAUGAGGAAGAGGAGGAAGUAAGAGAUGAGAUCGUUCAUCAUCUCGACCCGCUGAAAAAAUUGGACGAUGAAAUUGAGGACCCAAGGCCAUUUGUCAAGGUGUAUGGGUUUGAUUAUGACAUCAGGAUGAAAACCGCGAUUCGCGUGGGCAAAUACAAACUGAUAACGGGAGCAGAAGCAACGAAAUCGCCUCUCGAAAAUCAAGCCGAGCUUGAUGCUCUUUCAAAGAGUCAGUUGUUUGUCGGAAAUCCUUGGCUGAAAAAGAAGCAAUAUCGAAAAUUGGUGGUCCUUUAUGAUAUCGAAAAGGAUCCAAGGGAAUUGAAUGAUAUUUCUGAUCAGGAUCCCGAAAUGGUUGUUCAUUUACUUUCAAGGCUGGUAAGGCAUUUCAACUCCGCGACUGCGCCGAAUUUCCCAUCCUUGGACAAAUCAGCUGAUCCGAAUUUACGAAACGGAACUUGGGGCCCUUGGAUCUCAGAUUUAUCGAAAGUCGACUCAAAAUCAAUUGAUUUUAGCCUUGUUUAUAAUUCAAAUUUCUACUAUCACGCCACAAAAUAA